UAGACAAAAAUUACGCAUUACAAACGCGGGAACCAUUCCCUCCUCUAUCCUAUCUCUCUCUUUUAAUUUCCUGCAUUAAAAAACAAAUAUUUUUUGUUUCUCUUUCUAUUGCAUCGUGCCGGCCUCACACACAUACAUACUCUCUCUCCUUCAAUAAUAGAAGACAAGUUCUCUCUCUGAGUGUUUUAUGUUGGUGAAAUAGUUUGGAGGAGGUGGUAUUGAAGAAAUCAAUGGCUUCUGGUUUGAGAUCUUCAUCAUCAUCAUCAUCAUUCACAACAGCAGCAGGAGGAGGAGCGCUUAGUAGCAGUGGUAGGUUUGAGAGGCAGCUUCAUGGGAAUGGAUCUUCUUCUUCUUCUUCUUCUUCUUCUUCUUCUGCUGUUUCUACACAAGGAGGUGUCAGUUUCGGACAGACCCAUCUUCCUGGUCGUUCUAAAGCUCCCUCUUCCAGACGCUCUGUCACUCCCAAUUCCCGGACCAACUCUGGUUCUGACUAUGAAGAAGAUCGUGGAAGGGUGAGAGUUGCUGUCAGACUUCGACCCAAAAAUGCCGAGGAUAUUAUUUUGGAUUCUGACUUUGCUGAUUGUGUUGAGUUGCAGCCAGAGCUAAAGCGGCUAAAGUUGAGAAAAAACAACUGGACUUCUGAAUCUUACAGAUUUGAUGAAGUUUUUACAGAAACUGCUUCCCAAAAGCGUGUUUAUGAAGUGGUAGCAAAACCUGUUGUUGAGAGUGUAUUGAAUGGAUAUAGUGGGACAGUUAUGGCUUACGGUCAAACAGGUACUGGUAAAACUUACACGCUUGGAAAACUUGGUAAAGAUGAUGCUUCUGAGCGUGGUAUAAUGGCCAGAGCUCUAGAGGACAUAUUGGCCAGUGUUUCUGCUUCUGAUUGUGUAGAAGUUUCCUAUUUCCAGUUGUAUAUGGAAUGUAUUCAAGAUCUGCUUGCUCCAGAAAAGAUUAAUAUUCCUAUAAAUGAGGAUCCCAAGACUGGAGAAAUAUCAUUGCCCGGUGCUUCUGUAGUCAAAGUUCAAAACCUGGAUCAGUUUUCACAGCUACUACAAAUAGGUGAAGCGAAUCGUCAUGCAGCUAAUACAAAGCUGAAUACUGAAUCUUCACGUAGUCAUGCAAUUCUCAUGGUUUACAUCCGGAGAUCUGUCCAUGAGAAAGUAGAAGAUGGCAUUACUUCUUGGGAAAAAGUCCCUAGGACCACUUUAUCUGGUAGCAAUGCCAUACCUUUAAUUCGAAAAAGCAAGUUGCUGAUUGUUGAUCUCGCAGGAUCUGAAAGAAUAGACAAGUCAGGCAGUGAGGGGCAUUUGCUUGAGGAGGCUAAAUUCAUAAAUCUUUCUCUCACUUCCCUUGGCAAAUGUAUAAAUGCUUUGGCUGAAAAUAGUCCACAUAUACCUUUAAGAGAUUCUAAGCUGACAAGAUUGCUUCGUGAUUCAUUUGGAGGUUCUGCCAGGACUUCGCUUAUAAUUACAAUUGGGCCUUCAGCACGACAUUAUGCAGAGACAACUAGUUCAGUUAUGUUCGGACAACGGGCAAUUAAAAUAGUAAACAUGGUAAAGCUUAAAGAAGAAUUUGAUUAUGAAGGUUUAUGCCGGAAGCUUGAGCACCAAGUAGACCAUCUUACUGCAGAAGUUGAAAGGAAGCAGAAGUUGAGAGAAGAUGACAAAUACAAGUUGGAAAAAGAGCUCAAAGAGUGUCAGGACUCUUUCGCUGAAGCCAAAAGGAAUCUAAUUACAAGGUCUGAGUUUCUGGAGAAGGAAAAUACUCGUUUAGAGGUGGAGAUGAAAGAUCUCUUAAAUGAACUGAAGUGUCAGAAAGAUCAUAAUGAUUUGAUGUCUGAAAAAGCUGCGCGGCUGGAAGUGAACAUAAAAUGUAGCAAGCAACAUCAGCUUGAAAGUUCAACAUAUCAGAAAGUACUUGCUGAUACUACUCAGAUGUAUGAGAAGAAAAUAGCAGAAUUGAUUAAGCAGCUAAAAGAUGAGCAUGCUCAUGCCAAAAGUGUGGAGGAACAAUUAAAUGCAAUGAAGAAGCUCCUGAAUGACAGUCAAAAAACUAUCCAGCAACAUGAAAUGGAAAAUUCUACAUACCAGAAAGCACUAGCAGAUACUAAGAUGUAUGAGAACAAAAUAGCUGAACUGUUCAACCAAAUUAAGCAUGACCAUACCCAUAUUCAAGAUCUAGAACAACAAUUGGAUUUGACGAAGAAGCAUGUGAGCAAACAUCAAAAUUUAAUGCAGGGGCAGAAAGAGGUUGAUGAACUUACUGUGAAGUUACAAGAAAUGUAUCAGCUGCAUGGACAAACUCUAAGUGAACUUCAAUCCUUGAAAUCAGAGCAGGAAGGUCUAUUAGGAGAAAAGGCAAGACUAAAUGAAGAACUGCAAGCUGUGAGGGAGAGACUUUCGGUUGAAGAGAAUCAGAGGAAGACUAUAGAAUAUGAGUUGGAUAAGAUAUUAUAUAUGAAUGGAAAUACUAAAGCAUCUUCUACAUUUGGGACUAGAAUUGGAUCCCAAAAGACAAAUUCAUUAAGAGAGACACUUUCUGGCCAAAGAGCCACAAUUGCAAAAAUAUGUGAAGAAGUUGGGCUGCAGAAGAUAUUACAACUGUUAACAUCCGAAGAUUCAGAUGUCCAAAUUCAUGCUGUUAAGGUGGUAGCCAAUCUUGCUGCAGAAGAUUUUAAUCAGGAAAAGAUUGUGGAGGAAGGUGGUUUAGAUGCUUUGCUUAUGCUGUUGCGAUCUUCACAAAAUACUACUAUUCUUAGAGUGACUUCUGGAGCCAUUGCCAAUUUGGCAAUGAAUGAGUUGAAUCAAGGCCUGAUAAUGAGCAAAGGUGGAGCUCAGCUAUUAGCCAAGAUAGCUUCAAAGACGACCGAUCUACAAACUCUAAGGAUGGUUGCUGGUGCAUUAGCUAAUUUAUGUGGAAAUGAAAAAUUGCAUAUCAUGCUAAAAGAAGAUGGAGGUAUUAAGGCACUCUUGGAAAUGGGUAGAUCUGGUAGUAAUGAUGUCACUGCUCAAAUCGCUAGAGGAAUUGCAAACUUUGCAAAAUGUGAAUCCCGUGGAAUAAAUCUAGGUCAGAGGAAAGGUCGUUCUCUUCUAAUGGACGAUGGUGCUCUUGGUUGGCUGAUUGCCAAUUCAAAUAAUAGCUCAACUUCAGCCCAGCGCCAUGUGGAACUUGCUCUCUGCCAUUUAGCACAAAAUGAGGACAAUGUUGAGGAUUUCAUAUCCAGUGGAGGGGUGAAGGAGCUAGUUCGGAUAUCUGUCGAGUCUAGUAGAGAAGAUAUCCGCAACUUGGCAAAAAAGAUGUUGAGAUCGAGUCCAACAUUUCGGACCAUUAAAGCAGAGAAAUACUAAAGGUGCACGAAACACAGGCCUUGAAGUCCUUUUCUGCAUGGCCUUUAGAAGUCGCCAUCCCUAAUUUAUAAACUGAACUAGGUCUGCAUGUAUGAUUUAAACGGUAGUGGCUGUUGGUAACUGUAAGAUUUAGAAUUAAUGCCCUUUUGUAUUGCAUGAUGCAUGGAGACAGAAACAACAAUUGAGUAUAUACAAGGAUUGAUAAGUGAAAGCUUACUGUAUGAUUUGUUGAGAA